CGGAGACGGGGUGAGCCCCGGAGAGGAGAGCCGGGUCGGCGGGCUCGCGCGGGCCGUGGGCCGGGGCCUGCUGAGCGGAGGGUCGCCGUGGCUGCACGACAGCGUCGACAGGAGAAUACAGGCGGUGGCACGCAGACGAGAAAGCCGGGACUCGGAGGGGCGGAGGUGGGGAUGGCGGGGCGCGGGAGGUGAGGGCACGCAGCCGAAGCCGGGAGCCCGCACCCCCCAGCCCCACUCCCGGAGGGCCCGGGUGGCAGCCCCGGCGCGCCGCGAGGCCUGAGCCCGAGGCUGGAGACCCGGCCGCGAGCGGACGGCCCGGGGCGCCCGGAGCGGGACGGCGAUGGAGCUGGAGCAGAGAGAGGGGACCAUGGCGGCCGUGGGCUUUGAGGAGUUCUCGGCGCCGCCGGGCUCGGAGUUGGCGCUGCCUCCGCUCUUCGGCGGCCACAUUCUGGAGAGCGAGCUCGAGACGGAAGUGGAGUUCGUGUCCGGCGGCCUGGGCGGCUCGGGGCUCCGGGAGCGGGAGGAGGAAGAGGAGGCCGCCCGGGGCCGGCGGCGGCGCCAGCGGGAGCUGAACCGCAGGAAGUACCAGGCGCUGGGGCGGCGUUGCCGGGAGAUAGAGCAGGUGAACGAGCGGGUCCUGAACAGGCUCCACCAGGUGCAGAGGAUCACCCGGCGGCUCCAGCAGGAGCGCAGGUUCCUCAUGAGAGUGCUGGACUCCUACGGCGAUGACUACCGCGCCGGCCAGUUCACCAUCGUGCUGGAGGACGAGGGCAGCCAGGGCACGGACGCCCCCACCCCCGGCAACGCGGAGAACCAGCCUCCGGAGAAGGAAGGGCUGUCCCCAGCCAGGAGGACGCCGGCCCCCGCGGAGCCCAGCAGCCCGGUUCCGGGCGAGGGACCCAGUGGGCGCAAGAGGCGGCGAGCGCCGCGGGAGGGGCGCCGCGCAGGAGCCGCGCUGACCCCCGAGCCGGCCCCAGUGCAGAUUAAGGUCGAGGAAGACUUCGGCUUCGAAGCUGACGAGGCCCUGGACUCCAGCUGGGUGUCUCGGGGGCCUGACAAACUGCUGCCCUACCCGACCCUGGCCAGCCCGCCCUUCGACUGACCCCUCCCCCCAAUAAACCGGGCCUCGCCUGGUGCGCGCACGUU